AUCGUUUUGCUGUUCUGUUUUUCAGUAUUAUUGGCCUUCGCCGUAGUCUCUACCUGCCCGCUCUAGUGCUCAUUCAACUUUUUUCGUGGGAAAUCCAUCCUCCCGUACUUCAGAACCAUCUGCCUGGACAACGCCUUUCUCAUUUUUCCUGCACCUUCCAGAGGACGAAAGCUAUGGAAUCUGCCAAGGAACAUAAGAAGGCGCGGCGUGGCACAUCGGGUCCAACCAAGUCGCGGAAGGUAAAAAAGAAAUCACUCUCACCAAUACCCGCCGAAGCAUCCCACACCUCUCCAAAUCCAGUCAAUGCAACCCACUUCGCCUCAAAAGACGCCAACAUCUCGCCAUCUAUUCCAUCACCAGGCAUGACUUCUGAAACGGACGCUCAUGGAAAGUCAGACACCCAUCCGGACAUAUUUAGCCCCAAAUUCUACAGUCGUCGAGGAACCAGAAUAGACCUGCAGGACAUGAAGUGGAACGCUGUCGCUGCAAAUAGACGACCAUCAAUGCACGCUGUAGAUGCAAAAUACUUAUCCCCGGGAACUAAGUCUAAGAACAAUAUUGACCCUGCAUUAGCCGAUAUGAUGUCGGGCAUGCAAGAAAUCAGUCCGGUCGCGCCCGCUAGUCCUCCAGGUGAAAAGGAAAAGCCGGAGAACGAAGAAAAGCGCCAACUCCUAGCCCCAAGGACAAGCAUCUUCAGAAUCUUAAACUGGACUCAUGGCAAGCACCGUGCAGAGAAGAAAGUAUCAUCGAAUAUGGUAGAACAACCGAAAGACAACAAAAGCGCCCUUUCUCCCGAGCACUUGGAAAAUGCCAUUGAACACGUUGCGCCUAAACCCGCCGGUGCCGACACGCCAGUAGAUGCGAACGAGCCUAACGCUGCAAGGUCCUCCAAGAGAGCAAAGAAAGAGUCUGAAGUGGUGUCCCCAGCCCACGCAGAUAAGGAAAAGAAAUCACCGCAGAGGAAGCAGUCUGCGCUGAUUACGGGCCUGACGAAGAUAUGGGUAUCGAUGAGCACAAAGAGGAAAGGCGGCGGUCGCACUGUACAGCGUGAACCGCUGACGAAAUCGGAGAUUAUCGCCGUUUCUUCCUCGGUUAUUCUCAUCCUGACAAUUCCAACUGUGAUCAUCUUCGUCAUUCUGUCACUCUUGAAGCCAGAAACAGCCACCAUAUUCGAUUGCAGCUCUUCCAAAUGCAUCCAAGUGAAGAACAACCUGGCUUCCAUGCUCAACACGAGAAUAAACCCUUGCACCGAUUUCUACAGCUAUGUCUGCGACAAGUGGAUGCGCAACCACACACAUGUAAGCUACAUCGAGUAUGUCAUUGAAGAAUUUCAUCGCAGCAUCCACAGCGCUCUAUAUGAAGGAAGUCCUGAACCAACAGAUAGACACGGUAUGCACCUCCUGAGCAGGCUUUACAGGACGUGCUACAAGUUCAUGACGUCGAGCAACCUUACUCUUCAGGAGAUCACAUCGUACGCCAGCGAAGAGCUUGAAAUACCGCUACUCCUAAAUGCCAGCAACUCAGGCGUGAUUCUAAAGUACCUGGUCAACGUGUCCUUAUCGAGAGGUGUUUCUUCUGUCUUCAGUCUUCACUUCGAAAACAAAGACAGAAAGCCCUACCUCUACGUCAAAGCCACCCGUUCGAUACAGGGAUACAUGGAGAACACUAUUCACGAAGCUGUCCCCAAGGACUUGAGCUACUCUUUCAUUCCUCACAUUGAAGACUACGUGAAAGACGUGACAAGCGUAAUUUAUGAGGGCAAGGACACUGACUCUCACGUGCGUCAGAUGGUGGAGUGGGACAGAACGUUCGACGUCCUUCUCAUGCGUGUUUCCGUCGAAGGGUCCGAAGAGUAUAGAAGAAUCGCAGAAAUGACGGAAGCAUUUAACCCUGUCAAGAUGAGCGAAAUCACCGCCAUGAUAAACAGUAUGGCUCCGCAAAGACUCGCACUGAGCACGGAGAAAGACAGUAUCUUGGCGUACGGAUUCCCCGCCAUUGUCCAGAUACUAGAUACAAUGAAGAACGGGACUGUUGCCGCUAGAAGCCUAUACUUCGCCGUGCAGUUGCUAACGAACGUUCUUAGUCUCUUCAACCUACGACAACACCUCGUUGCUGCACCGCCAGACAUUAUAGUCACCGCCUGUCUAAGGGUUACCCAGCAGACUCUGUUUCACACGUGGCCGUAUCUGGUGACACGAAAGAUGCAUUACAGCGCUAGGGCGGCGGAAGCCAAGCGUCUUGCAGACUCCAUCAAGAAUUUCCCAAUGGAAGGAGGUGGACUUAACUGGACGUCAGACGCCAGCGCACGUGGGAUUAUUAGAGAGCUAAAUAAUCUCGACAUCGUCACGUACGAAGAUUCGGCACUCCAUAACAUGCAAAGUACUUACGACGGGCUCCAAGUUGGCGAUAAUAGCUUCCUGAUCGUUUACUUCAAAAUCAAAAGAUUCGAAACUAGACUGCUCCUGGAUUGGCUCCCAACAACCUUCGGCACUGUCGCGGCUAGGAAUCAGAUCGCUUCGAACCUCUCCCUCCAACACUUUCAGGCAGGGUCAACCAGUUGGAUUUUCAUUCCGUCCGCGUACCAGAGUCCUGCCAUGUUUAAACUCGGCGAGAAGGAGGCAUUCCCAUUUUACAUCAACCAUCCCACUAUUGGACUCCUGGUGGCUAGGGAAAUGAUACGGGUCACUCAACAGGCAAUGAACUGGGACGAAAGAACCAGAAGGGUGACGAAAAGGUACAUGGACUGCCUGACGUCCAUACGGAGCUUCUUACGACUGGAGGCCAUAGAAGAAGAAAAUAAGUGGAGGACGGAAGCCUUCUCCUGGUCGUUUGGGUCACACCUGUCCUACACCUCGAUGCGCAUCGCAUUUCAGCAGCAUUCCAAAGUGGACACGACGCAAUUUCGUACCGCGCAAGAACUUUACUUCAUUUUGUCCUGUCUCAUGUCCUGUUCAUCCGUUGAAUCUGGACUUUUGUUUUUGUCCAGGGAACAAUGCGCCAUCCCGCUCUUAAGUAAUGUUGAUUUUUUGCGCUACUACAACUGCACGGAAAUUGAACGGCUUUCGUGCAUAACGACACUUUUUGUACGAUAAUUAUAUUGCGGUAGCUCGCAGUAUUAGAUUUAUAGUGAUCUAUUUUCAUUAGUCUAUUCGUGCUAUGACGUCUAGCUAUUUUCCGUGCACGACAUUCUAUUGCAGUAUAAACAAAUUUCC